AUCUCCUCACCCCGAUCCCUCGACGCUUCCAGCAAGACCGCCGAUUAUUACUAUCAUGGGACACGUAGAUCACGGGAAGACCACACUAUUAGAUACCCUUCGAUCCGCAUCUGUUGCCAAAGGGGAAGCGGGCGGUAUCACGCAACAUAUUGGUGCCUUCUCUGUCCCAGUUUCCUCGUCCACCAACCCUGGAAAUGAUUCGCGCAUAAUUACCUUUCUGGACACUCCUGGUCAUGCAGCAUUUUCGGCCAUGCGUGCGCGUGGAGCAGGCGUUACCGACAUCGUCGUCCUGGUUGUAGCGGCUGAUGACGGCGUAAUGCCUCAAACGAAAGAGGUUAUUGACCUAAUCAAGAAAGAUAAUGUAUCUGUGGUAGUCGCCAUCAACAAAGUGGAUAAACCAGAAGCCGAUGUGAAAAAGGUCCAGCAUGCCCUAUUAGCAGAGGGUUUACAAUUAGAAGCUUUCGGUGGCGACGUCCCUUGUGUCGAGGUCUCGGCACUCACCGGUCAAGGCCUCGAUGAUCUUGUGGAAAUUUUGUCUACGAUCGCUGAAGUACAAGAUCUUCGUGCCGAGCGGGACGGUCAGGGUUAUGGAUGUGUUCUCGAGUCCAGGGUGCAGAAGGGUUUAGGCCCGGUAGCUACCGUUUUGGUCCUUCGAGGGUGUAUAACCCCCGGUUCCCACCUCAUAGCUGGGGCAGCAGGCGCCAAGGUUCGUGUAAUGAAUGACUCCACGGGAUCCACCGUCAAGGUUGCGUAUCCAGGCAUGGCAGUAACUGUUUCUGGAUGGAAAGAUCUUCCGAGUGCAGGGGAUGAAGUUUUACAGGGUACCGAAGCUGAAGUAAAGAAGGCACUGACGAAUAGACUACGCAAGGCUGAGAUCGAGUCUACACUGGUUGACCUAGAAGCCAUCAACGCGCAUAGAAUGCAGGAGAGGAUUCGAAAAACGGGAGAAGAAGAUGAAGAUAACGAUGGUAAUGGCAGCGCACAGAAGAGUGAAGAACAGGCCGCAAUAGAGUUAAGGCUAGUUGUAAAGGGCGACGUGAGUGGGAGUGUUGAGGCACUAGUUGGAGCCUUAGAAGGAAUUGGGAAUAAACAUGCACGCGUGAAGAUUGUUGCUACUGGCGUUGGCGAUGUUAUGGAGUCUGACGUUAUGAUGGCGAAGGCUUCUGAAGGAACAAUUAUAGCCUUUUCUGUCAAUAUUCCUCGAUCUGUUGAAAGCAUGGCAGCCCAGAAUCACAUUCCGUUGUAUUCAUCUAAAAUAAUCUACAGGGUAAUGGAUGAAGUUCGUAACCGCCUCACAGCGUUACUACCUUCUACAAUCGAGAAGAAAGUUACUGGAGAGGCGACUGUGCUGCAACUAUUCGACAUUCAUUUCAAAGGAAAGCAGAAAAAAACGAUAGCUGGAUGCCGAGUUGGCAAUGGUUUAAUAGAGGUGUCUAGAUUGGCGAGGGUGGUAAGGAAUGGUGAGGUACUUCACGAGGGUCCUCUGGAAGCACUGAAACAGCAAAAGAAAGAUGUCUUAGAAGUCAAGAAAGGUUCGGAGUGCGGCAUAAGCUUGGAAACUUUUCAGGACUUGCGCGAGGCAGACUUAAUCCAAACUUACGAGGAGCUAAAGAUCCCGGGCGUACUUUAGUAUAAGGCCAUUCACUCUACUAUAGAUUUAGCUGGCAAUCAGUAUUUAAUUCCGUUCAUGCUACACUUUAUUUCAUGUUCGCUGCGUCUAAGUGAACAGUCUUUCCGCCAACUGUCCCCGUCCUCCCACUUACUCCGAAAGUGAGGCUUAUGUUUCCCAAAUUCUUGUCUGUUUUCUCCAGAAGCGUCCAACU